UGGCAACUAUGCUACACGCAAUCUAACUGAGCUGUCAGUAUGCAAUUGCAAGUAGACUCUUAUACGAUUUAUCCACUGUACUGGCCGGACCAUAGCUGAAGAUCAUGUCUGUUUCUCUCCCACCAAUGGAUGUAAACAAGAGCACUGUGAAGUACAACCUCUUCUCAAAGCAUGACAAUCGGCACACACUGCAACAUUGUGGGGAGUACUUUGGUCAGGGACUGGGUAAGAGAAUAGACAAGGGCUCGGUACGCAAUCAGCAUCGCUCUGACAACCAUGCCUCCUGGGGAAGUAGCCCGACAUACUCGUCCACCUACAGACAAUGUUACAGUACAGACUCGAGCUUGAUUAAGCACAAGAGAUCACUAUCAGCUACACCGUCCUCUUCGUUUGAGACUAACGAGUCAUUGCUGUACAAGUUCGACGUCCUCACAAAGCCUAACUUCAGACGCUACCCACACGAACAUUCUCCUGAUAACCUCGUUAGCAUCAAAUCCGAGGACCUAGUAUCAACUACAUACAGUGAACAGAAACUACUGUCUAGGGCGGAGUCAGCUGACGGAGGAACUGUGCGCCACUCGAGAGAUCGUCAGCAUCGAGCCCGUUCUUACACCACCCCCCUCUAUGUGCUAGCGGCUACACAACAACCUUUCCAAGGACACACCCCCUGGAAGUAUUCGUACAAACAAUGACUUGUUGUAUUGCACUUAGAAUUUAUUUUUCAGAAUUAUAAAUAUCUUUGUGUUAAUUUUUUGCCAUGAAUUUUUCAAUGUACAAGA